AUGAAGUGUCUCUUCAUUUUGCUGGUUUGUGUGGGACUGUCUGAUGGACUCAUCAGAGUCCCUCUGCAGAGACUCAAGUCAAUCAGACAGCAGCUAGGAGAGAAGGGGGUGCGCCUACCCCUCAGUGAUCCUGCUCUCAAAUAUGAGCCCUACAAGUUUCUGGCCUCAGCUGUCGUUGAUCCAAUGGCCAACUAUGCUGAUACAACCUACUAUGGCUCAAUCGCCAUUGGAACGCCACCACAAACAUUUCAAGUUCUGUUUGACACUGGCUCAGCUAACUUGUGGGUGGACUCAGACUAUUGCAACACCCAGGCCUGUAAUGCUCAUACUAAAUUUAACCACACAAGUUCUUCCACUUACUCCAGCACUUCCCAGACCUUCUACCUACCCUACGGUAGUGGGAGCCUAUAUGGCAUUUUUGGCUACGACACUGUAAACGUUGGUGGCACUGUCAUUAAGAAGCAAAUGUUGGGCCUGAGCACCAAUGAACCUGGACAGAACUUCUUAGUGGCCCAGUUUGAUGGCAUCCUUGGGCUUUCUUACCCCUCACUCUCUGUGGGUCAGGCCACACCUGUGAUGGACAACAUGAUGAAGCAGGGCUUACUGGAGUACAAUGCCUUUGCCUUCUACUUAAGCAGAAAUGGCCAACAGGGCAGUGAGGUGGCUUUCGGUGGGGUGGACAACACAAAGUACCAGGGCCAGAUCUACUGGACUCCUGUGACCUCACAGACCUACUGGCAGAUUGAAAUCAAAGGGUUCUCCAUCAACAAUCAAGAGACAGACUGGUGCAGUCAGGGCUGCCAAGCUAUUGUGGACACCGGCACCUCCUUCCUCACCUGUCCCCAGCAGUACAUGGGUUACCUGAUGCAGGCAAUUGGUGCUCAAGCGGACCAGUUUGGAGGGUAUUCCGUUGACUGCAACGCAAACAACCUUCCCACAUUUGCCUUCAAUAUCAACGGCAUGAACCUGUCCCUUCCCUCAUCUUCCUACAUUAUGGUGCAAAAUCAGGGUGGAUACCAGUUCUGCAUGGUGGCUAUUUCAUCCACCUACCUGCCCUCACAAAAUGGCCAGCCGCUGUGGAUUCUGGGAGACGUCUUCCUGAGAGAGUACUACUCUGUCUACGACCGCACAAACAACCAAGUUGGCUUUGCAAAAGCAAUCUAA